GGAGAUAUUUGUUUAUGUGUAAAACUGUUUCUGUUAAAGCAGUUUCUUUUCGGUUUCUCUAUUUCUGUUGUUUAUAUACAUUUGUAUCUUGAUCUUUCGAGUUGAGUUGAUCAAUAAAGUUUUUCAGUGUUUUCUUCCAUGGGUUCUUUUAUUAGGACUCAGAAACACUAAUAGACGGUGAAUUUAGGAAGGGAGGUUAGGGAAGAUGUCGUCGCUGAAUUCGCCGUGCGCUGCGUGCAAGCUUCUGCGCCGGAAGUGCACGCAGGAGUGCGUGUUCGCGCCGUACUUUCCGCCGGACAACCCGCAACGGUUCGAGUGCGUGCACCGCGUGUUCGGCGCCAGCAACGUGUCGAAGCUGCUGAACGAGCUCAGCGUGGCGCAGCGCGACGACGCCGUUAAGUCGCUGGCGUAUGAGGCGGAGGCGCGAUUGCGUGACCCCGUGUAUGGCUGUGUGGGAAUAAUUUCGUUACUACAGCAACGGCUCCGCCAAAUCCAGAUGGAGCUUCAGAGCGCGAAGAAGGAAUUGUCCACUUAUGUGAGUCCUCAGACUAUGCAGAUUCUCUUGGCCAAUCCUGGGAUGGUGCCAUCAGCUGAUAUUGUCGUGCCUCCCUCGCAUCAACCUCUGUUCAAUCAUGUUGGCAACAACAUGGCGCCGCAGCAGAUUUUGGUUGGCCAUGGCGGUGGCCAGACGAUGGUUCGCGACCCUCAGCAGCAGGAUUUUCAAGAAGCUCAGCAGAUAGCCCUUGCAACUAGGGAGCAGCAACAACAGAUGUUUAGAAACUAUGAGCAGAAAGUGUUCGGUGGUUUUGAACCUAGUAAUGGUGGAUUUGGGACUCAAGGAGAAUUUUACAAGUGGUAUGUUUAUGAGCCUAUAUGGGGAAGCUAUAGGUGGGAUGAUUAUGAACCUGUAUGGGGAAGCUACAGGUGGUAUGUUUAUGAGGCUGUAUGGAGAAGGUACAAGUGGUAUGAUUAUGAACAUGUAUGGGAAGCUACAGGUGGUAUGAUUAUGAACCUGUAUGGGGAAGCUACAGGUGGUAUGGUUAUGAGCCUGUAUGGGGAAGCUACAGGUGGUAUGUUGUAUAUGUCUUGCGAUGAUCGUAUAACUUUUGGUUAUACGGGAGUAGAUGUUGCAGAUGCUCCAGAUGCAUGA